AAGUGAUCUGCCACUACUACCCGUCUCCUUCGUCUUCUUGUCUGUUCCGUUUCAACUUUCAGACCAGGUCUCGUCCUUUCAGGCAGAGUCCACGCCGCGGCAAAAUGGCGCUGCGGAGCAGCUCCUCCUCCCCCUUCCUCCUCCUCCGGAGCUCGUUUUCGCCACCUUCGCCCCGCUCCGGCCGGGCCAGCUUCGGAGCCCCCGCGCCGUCUCGGCCUGGCCUGGUGCGCGCUGUCGUCGGCGGCGGCGGCGGCGGCGCUCCGGGGAGCAGCAGAGGGCCGGUGCAGAACUCGAACUACGUGGUGCCUCUGGAUGGCUCCCCUUCGUCCUUGCAGUCCUCGGUCAUCACCCGGCCGCUCGUCGAGAUCCUCCGGGACCUUAACAAGAGGAUCCCCGAUAACAUACUCAAACCUCGGGUCUCCGACGAUCAGCCCUCCCACUCCAUUCCCUGGUACCACGCAAAUCGGAUGCUGAGCUUCUAUGCUCCUGGUUGGUGCGGAGAAGUACGAGAUGUCAUAUAUUCUGACAACGGAAGUGUCACUGUGGUAUAUCGAGUCACGGUACGGGGGUCUGAUGGAGAGGCACACCGAGAAUCAACUGGGACAGUAUCAUGUACCAAUGACGGCUUCAUGGAUCCUGUUGCUGCAGCUGAGGAAAUAGCUUUCUGCGGAGCAUGUGCACGGUUUGGCCUUGGUUUAUACCUCUACCACGAAGAAUAGAACCUGUACACAUGAAGGGCUUCAUAAUUGUUUGCUCUAUAUCAGGAACUCGGGAUGUAGAUUACAUGUUGUCGUUACCAUGUAAAUAUAGGAUAAUAUAGAUCAGACGUGGCUGGUGAAUCUUUUGUAGGGUUUUGUCUAAUAUGUAGCAGUAGUCAAUAAUUGCUUCAUUGGAAAUAGGAGGAGCUUAUAAAUUAUGGAGACGCGAAUAUUUCCAUCGUGUAGCUUGAGGUUGGCCUGUGCAAAGCGUUGCACAUUACUAUGAUAUAAUGCCAUGUGUUCUUUUCGAGUUUCAGUC